CGGGAGCGCAGCCCCGUCCCGGCCGCCGCGGGAGGCCGGAGGGAGGCGGGGGCCCCACGAGGAAGGCAAGGAUAAAUGGAUGUAUAUGACUUUUCCCCUGACCUAAAGCGGUUCCAUGUCUUGUUUGGACUGUUCCUGUAUUCUACGUACGCCAGUUGAAUCAAUCAGACCAGAAGAGCUAUCUCAGAGCAGCAUCCAUGAAUGCCUGGCUGAUUCUGAUCUAGCCUGGAUUCCCCCAUCUACAGGAAGGAAUGAAAUGGUAUUUUGCUCUUCUAAUGUCUCUCACUAUGAACUCCAGCUGGAAAUAGGAAGGAGGUUCAACAAUUUAACUUCAGUCUACCUUGCACGGCAUACACCUACAGACAUGCAAGUUGCUGUAAGGAUCACAGACCUAGAAAAUUGCUCUGAAGAGCAUUUGAAAGCCUUACAGAAUGAGGUGGUUUUAUCCCACUUUUUCCAGCAUCCCAACAUAAUGACGUUUUGGACAGUUUUUACAGCUGGUAGCUGGCUUUGGGUCAUCUCCCCAUUCAUGGCCUAUGGUUCAGCUAGACGCCUGCUGAAGACUUACUUUCCUGAAGGAAUGAGUGAAGCUUUGAUAGGGAACAUUCUGCUUGGUGCAAUCAGAGGAUUAAAUUACAUGCACCAGAAUGGAUAUAUUCACAGGAAUAUUAAAGCUAGCCACAUUUUGAUUUCAGAGGAUGGGCUGGUUUCUCUCUCUGGUCUAAACAACCUCUACAGUUUAGUUAACAAUGGACAAAAGUCUAAGGUGGUAUAUGAUUUCCCCCAGUUUAGUACAUCCGUGCUUCCUUGGCUGAGUCCUGAACUACUGAGACAGGAUUUGUCUGGGUAUAACAUGAAGUCUGACAUUUACAGCGUGGGAAUUACAGCGUGUGAAUUAGCCAAUGGACAUGUUCCAUUUCAGGAUAUGCCCCGCACUCAGAUGCUGCUGCAAAAGCUGAAAGGUCCCACAUACUAUCCUUGGGAUAUAAAUACCUUUCCCCGGGGGGAAUCCAGGAUGAAGAAUUCCCGAUCGGGGGUCGAUUCUGGAAUUGGUGAGAGCAUGACACGCACAAUGACCAGCGAAAGACUACAGAUUCCCUUUUCCAAAACAUUUUCACCUGCUUUCCACAACUUGGUAGAACUCUGCUUGCAACAGGACCCUGAGAAAAGGCCUUCAGCAAGCAGUUUGCUUUCGCAUACGUUCUUCAAACAGAUAAAAGAACAAACACAGAAUUCACUACUAUCUCUAUUGCCACCUCCUAUUCAAAAUAACAGAUCAGAGUUCUUGGCACUGCCCUCAACAACAGUUGGGACUGGACUUGGACAUAUUACUGCAAAUCAAGAUGAUACAGACUGGGAAUUCUAAAUAAAUACCAAACAAGCAUACCUCUCCUGUGCUUCAGAGAAGGAAAAUGUGAUUUGUACUUGCUGCUUUAGUUUGUAUGGUUAAAAUAGACAAGGUAUACUUGAACAUGCCCUGAAGUGGCCAUAUUUCAUUAACUUCCUCUGCUGGCAUCACGAAGUGCAGUGUGCCUCACUCUCUGACCGAAAGGAAAACUGUAUAUAGAGAAUGGCUGAAUGCUUACCUCUCUCUUUCAAAGUACUUCUUAACAAGAGAGUUCCUGCUGUAAUCUUACUCUGUACUGUAUUUUCAGCUCAUAUUGCUGCGGUACACUUGCCUUUCUGAAUCCAGACUCGGGUAUUGUCUGUGAUCUUACUUAAACAAUCUGUUUGUCUUUUCAUUAUGACUCAAAUCAUUUUAGUGAGGAGAAAUCCUCCUCUUCCAAGUUGAAAUUUGAGACUGCACAAAUUAGUUGAUUAUGUGAAUAAAUGUUUGUCUCCUAAAAGACAUUUUUUCUCACUUGACAUGCUGUCAUAUUUGCCAAAAGUUAGCUAUGCAUCAUUUUUCAUGCAGUUUUAAUACUGCAUGUUUCCCAAAGAAGUUAAGCUGCUUAAAAGUGUGACUCAUGUUCUUGCAUUUGUCUAUAUUCAUACUACAAAUUUGUGCUUUUGCAUCUCCAUUUAUUGUCGUGUCAUUCUAGCAGUUAAUCUGAGGACUUCUUACUAUGCAAAGUAAGUCUCAAGUUAUAGCAGGUACGGGUUAAUUUUGAAGAAUCAAAUAAUCUAAAGUUACUGUACAUAUUUUUAUUUAUACUGUAUUCCUGUUCACCACCAGAAUUUACCAGAACUUAAUACUGUUGUUUUAAAAGAACAGGCAAUAUGCAUUAAGCUUCACUGGCACUGCUGCUGGCAAACAAGCCUCUUCUGCAAGGCACAGUUAAAUUCCCUUGGAUAGAUUCAGCCACAAUAAGCACCUGAUACCCCCAAGGAUCCUAGUGAAUUUAUCUGUUCUAGGUCAGAUGAAAAGCUGUCUUUUUUCUCCCUACAAUUCAGUAAGUUCUCAUCUCUCACACUGUACCAGGCAACUCAAACUGAACAAAAGGAGCUUUCUUUUUUAAAAAAAAGCUGCAUAUUCUCAUCAUGUUGUAGCAAAAGUCGUGUCCCAAAGCCACUAGUAUUUUAUUGAUGGAAGUUAUGACUGUAUUAAAAAAAGCAUAAAUAGAUAUCGAAUGGAUAUAUUUUAAAUUUUCAACAUAAACAACAUUCCACAUUAAGUCUCCAAGUCUUCCAUAGCUGAGUUGGUCUGUACCACUGUUUGCCAGCAGCUUUGCCUCAAGGCCUUGAAGGUGAAAUGACCAAUAUGCAAAACUGAGAGAGACAUAACAUUCUAAUUGACUACAUAAAAGUAUUAACAAAGAACUUGAGUCUAUUCAUUAUGCUGUGAAGAGAGCUCUAUAUUUCUAAAACUAACAUGUGAAACUUAAGAUUAAAAACCUGUCAAUAAACUUACCUUAUCUGCCUCCAUUUAUUUCUGUAAUUAUUGUACUUCCAUUUUCACCACAGUCCAGUCAUACAAACAGCCUCUCGUUACUGCAGGAAAGAAAUUUCACAUUUAUUUCAAUCAUUAGGUAAAAUAAUGGUUGUCUAAACUAGAAAAUUACUCUCAUCAUAAAAAUAUGAAUAACUUAAUUGUGUACUCUUGGAGAAGAUAUUAUUUUCAUAUAAACGCUAUGUUCUUAAUUCUUAACCAUGACAAAUUUGGACUGUUUGCAAGUCAAAUACAUUAGAUAGCACCUACAAGUAACUUUUGACUAACAGUACAUGUAAAAACCAAGUCAAAAAAUUGAGAACACACAUAAAGUUGUACAUAUUUUAAUUAUAGACCUCUGAAUAAAUAUUAAUACUCUUAAAAAAACCCCAAACCUUUAAAAGACUUCAGGCAGCUUAACUGGCUAGUAUUUGUAAGCUUCUCUGAAGCAACAGUGCUCCCAACUCUAUAAAAAUGAACUUGGGUACUAAUAACAAUGUCAGCACAAAGUGAUUUAAACAACCAUGUGUUCCAGUGGAGUUACUUUACUGCUGUCUCUUUCUAUGAAAGAAAAUGAAAAACUUAUUUCUGAAUGCUGUUCCAAUUCCGUACUGACAUAACUUUUAAAGAAAAAAAUGAAGUACAAUUUUUUUUAAGUUAAAAAGCUCACAAGGCUUUACUCUUGGAACUACAGCUUGUCAACAACUACAGUAUUUUCAAACAAAGGCAAUUAAGAGGCACUGUGACUUCUAAUAGCUCUUAAAAUAACCAGAAACGGUAGAAAUUAGUCCGUGGGUUGUGUUUGCUGAAAGGUUUGAUAUGAUUUUUUUUGUUAACUGUGAUACUUUCUGUUAAGGAAUAAUGCAAAAUAAAUACUAGCAUUAAAAAAAA